UUCAAAGAAUAGUUCUCAGUCGUAUAUUCAUCAUCUCGAGGUCUGAAAAGCAUUCCACUGCCAGAAAAAUGGACGAGAAAGGCGAUGGCAAUGCAAUGCUAAAAACCAUUCGCGAAGGCAGUGCCGAGAUUCUCCUGGCCGAUCAUGUGUUCUACAAUCCGGUGCAGGAAUUCAAUCGCGAUCUGAGCAUAUGUGUCCUUAGGACGUUCUCCAGGAUAUUUCAACGUGAAAAGGAAGAGGAACGUAAAAGCAAAGAUCCUUCAUACGCUGCACCGAACGGAGAAGCUUCGCUACAGGCAGGCGUUAAACAUGAGAAUGGACUCCGGAUACUGGAAGCGCUUUCCGCGACCGGAUUGCGUAGCAUACGGUAUGCGAAGGAAAUCCCUGGUGUGAAAGAGAUCAUUGCCAACGAUUUAUCUAAAUCGGCGGUUGAAUCGAUCGAAAAGAAUGUUAAGCAAAACAAUAUUGAGCAUCUAAUAACGCCGAGUUUUAACGACGCAAUGACGCUGAUGUACAUGUCAACGAAACCGGACAAGCGUUUUACGGCAAUUGAUCUCGAUCCCUAUGGACACCCGACAAGGUUUCUGGAUGGGGCCGUACAAAGCAUUGAGGACGGAGGAUUACUUCUAAUCACUGCCACAGAUAUGGCCGUGCUCGCUGGAAACUCACCGGAGGCAUGCUAUGUUAAAUACGGUUCUGUACCUCUUAAAACGAAAGCAUGUCACGAGUUUGCGCUACGCAUUCUGCUUCGCUGCAUUGAAACGACGGCAACCCGAUACGGGCGGUACAUCAAACCGUUGCUCAGCAUAUCGGCCGAUUUUUAUAUUCGGGUUUUCGUCCGCGUCUACACUGGGCAGUACGCGUGCAAGAAAAGCAGUAGCAAGCAGUCUAUGGUGUUUCAGUGUACCGGUUGUGAGGCCCUUACCCUUCAACCGCUCGGUGUGCUUAAGCCUAAUCCCACCGAAGCCAAUCCUCAGCAAAUAAAGUUUGGCACACCGACGGGCCCGUUCGUCGGGAGUCGGUGUGAGCACUGCAAUCACCAGCACCACAUGGGAGGACCGAUUUGGUCUGCACCGAUGCACGAUGAAGAAUUUCUAACUGAACUGAUGCACACGCUUGAGCAGGAAGAAGCGAAACGUCUGACUACGAUCCGGCGCAUCUAUGGAACGCUUGCGGUCAUUGGGGAGGAGCUGCACGAUGUUCCGCUCUACUACACGCUGGAUCGCAUGUGCGGAAUAUUGAAACUGGAAUCGAUCGGUAUGCUCAAACUGCGGUCGGCCCUGCUACACGAAGGCUACCGAGUGUCGUUCUCGCAUGCUAGCAGGACGUCCAUUAAAACAGAUGCCCCCGUGGGUGUGUUGUGGGACAUACUUCGCUGCUGGCACCGAAUACAUCCUGUUAAAGAAGAACGAUUCCUGGAGAACGUUCCCCUAACGGCUAUCCUGUCGAAGCAACCGGCGAAAGAAUACAACAUCGAAGACAUCCACCCGCAGGCGAAUCCAACGAGCCGGAAAGAAUCGCUUUCACGCUUCCCGGAAAAUCCCGCCGCUCAUUGGGGCCCGGGCACUAGGGCGAUGCAGAUGUUAAGCGAUAAUAAAAUGCUUAAAAGUACGCAAAAUCAGAACAAGCGGAAACAAAAGCGUGAGCAAAAGGAACGCAGCGACACCGAUGUCGAGGAAAACGAUGUCAAGGCUGAGGCUAGUAACUCGCCUGAACGAAAGGUACCCAAAACGGUCAGCACGGAAGGGUAAAAUACGGUAUCGUCAAUUUAAAAGAAUGUCAUGUGUGAGGAAUGUUGCCGACUCAACGGUUACUAGGUUCGAAAAAUCGAUUAAACAUUCUACGCAUUCCUAUGCACACGGCGGCAGGGGGAAUAGUAUCGUGCAAGCAUAAAACGGUGCGAUAACUGAGCAUGCUGCGUUACGAGUUACAUCUGUGACUGUGAAAAGUACAUUUAACGACAGAAGAUUUCGUAGACGUGUUUAAAAUUUCUAUUAAAAGGAAUACAUUU